GCCGUAACGAAGAGGAGAAAGAAGGGCCUGGAUGUAGUAUCGCAUUUGCCGACAACAUUUCAGUCGCUAAUUAAUAUUUUUCCCCAAAAUUGUUGGCGAGCGGGGGGCGGGAGGUCGCAAAAUUUUUUCCGGACAUGCCAAAAUUUUUCCGGACAUAUCAUAAUUUGUUACAUUUUUCGGUAAUUUUCAUAAAUUUUGCAAACUAUUCGCUAUAACUGUUACUUUUUUAAUCAGAGCCACUCAAAUAUUUUCGCUGACUACGAAAUCAAUUUUCCGAUGUCGAUGAAUCCGUUAUUUUGCCGAACAAGACGUUUUCAGGGGGGUGUCACACCCAUACACACCCCCUAGAGGGACGCCCCUGACAAUGUCUAUACCGAAGAAAGACUUCUUUAUUUUCAUGCACAGCGCAAACAAAGACAUUCCUGUUUCGAUCAUUCCCAAUGUAUUUCAAACUAUAGUUAUUUUCCAGUCUGGAAAACGUACAGUUCUACUAACAAAUGCUUUUCAAUGAAGCAACAACUAAGCGUUGCUUAGGAGUCGGAAAAGUCAUCGAAGAACUUAUCAAUUAUGUCAGUCAUAAUGCUACUGAAUCGUGACCGGCCUAUUGCCUUGCCACGUUACUUGUUUAGCAAGGCAAAACAGAACUGAUCCACCUUAUUUCAAAGUACAUGUUUAUUUUUUUAUGAAGGUCAAAGUCUACAAGUGCAACGGUUGUGAAUGGGACCAGAUUGUUUAACUUUCAUUUUUUAUUAAACUCUAAAGGUGUGUGUAAAUUUUAUUUUUAUACAAGUUAUAAGUUCAGGAGUAUAAAGUCUCGGUGAAAUGAGAAUCACUCGCUUUUGACCGCCAAAUCUCAUCGACUCUCGUCACCUCUUAUCAACUAUUGAGUUGGUUCAAAUUUAAUGAGAGUUUACUAUGAGAGUAAAUAUAGUAUAGUAAAGGUAAAUAUCCAGUCAAUUAUCAUCAACUUUUCAUGCAACUCUUGUUCUCGUUUGACCGGGGCACGAGAGUUGAGAAAACUCUCAUGCAAACUCUCGCUUCUCAACUCUCAUCAACUCUCAUGCAACUCUUGUUCUCGUUUGACCGGGGCACAGUGAGUUGAGAAAACUGUCAUGCAAACUACAAUACUUUGACAAGCAGUCAAAUGUAUUUAGAUUUAGGUGUUUACAUUGAUACUUGAUUUUAGAUUUUUUAUUAUAAGAAAUAUAGGCUUUGCAACCGGUAGGUUGAAAUACAAAUAGUAAAAGAGGAGAAAUUGCAGAAUACCCUGCCAUAAAAAGCUUCAAGCAGUCAAGUGAAAUGUAUAUACGCAGUCAUUUGGCUAUACGCAGUCAUUUGGCGCUACGCAGUCAUUUGGCGCUACGCAGUCAUUUGGCGCUACGCAGUCAUUUGGCUAUACGCAGUCACUUGGCUAUACGCAGUCACUUGGCUAUACGCAGUCAUUUGGCUAUACGCAGUCAUUUGGCUAUACCGAUACGCAGUCAUUUGGCUAUACGCAGUCAUUUGGCUAUACGCAGUCAUUUGGCUAUACGCAGUCAUUUGGCUAUACGCAGUCAUUUGGCUAUACGCAGUCAUUUGGCUAUACGCAGUCAUUUGGCUAUACGCAGUCAUUUGGCUACGCAGUGAAAUGAAGAACGAAGCAACAACAUGUUGACUAUUGUAUUCAUAUAUUGGCUAUUGCAUGAUUUGUUGACAACGAAGCAACGAGAUUUUUUUUAUUGAUAUAUUGCGCGUGAUUUGUUAAAGAACGAAGCAACAACACUGAUAUUGACUAUUGUAGUGAUAUCUUGGCUAUCGCAUGAUUUGUUGGAAAAAAAGCAACAACAUUAUAUAUUUUUUUAUUGAGAACGAAGCAACAACAUAUAUUAUCGUAUUUAAGCACGAGGACUGCGUAGCAAUUUGACUGAGUAGCCAGUUUAGGCCACAUAAAAAAUAGUUGGUUAGCGUCCUUAGCUUUUGCCACUAAAAGUGGGCGGGCGGGCGCUUUUUUUUUAAUGUUUACUAAUUUUUAACGCCUUGAUUUUAGGUCCGAAACUGGAUUUUCUUGCGCAGUACAGAUAUUUUUUUAUAUAUUUCAAAAUAUGAUUUUUUUCAUUUUUGCACGCAAUUUCGCAAUUUAUUACACAAUUGACUACAGUCAACAGAAAUACUACGUAUAUUAGAGCUCGUUGAUCAAUAAAAGUUGGGUUUUUUUAAAAAAUUUUUAAAAAAAUCCUGAGCGGGGCCAUUUUUGUGGGCGGGCGAGGACGCUAACCAACUAUUUUUUUUAUGUGGCCUUAGUUGUAGUUUUUUUAUGAACGAGGACUGCGUAGCAAUUUGACUGCGUACGGCCAGUUUAGUUAAUAGAGAGGUUAAGAUUGACGUAUACGGCAGACCGCUAACUUCAAGUCGUAUUUUAAGGUCAACUGUAAGCUGUUCGAAGUUAGGACAAUUUGUGCAUUAAAAUUGAAGAAUGAAUUGACUAAAAACCUGUCGAAACCUUCGGAAACUUGUAGAACUUACUUUCAAAUACGAAUUGACGUUUCCCGUUUGCGGUUACCGGUCUGUCAUGAACGUCACUCUUAACCUCUCUAGUAGUUUUUUUCUACCCGCGUAGCCGACACAGUACUCAGUAGAAAUAUAUGUGGCGGGGUGUUCUGCAAUUGUACUAUGUCUACCAUGCAUGCCUUAUCAAUGUUUGUCCACUUAAGAUUAUCGUUAUUGAACUGAACUUGACGGGACUUGUGAAACGCUAUCGAAGGAGUACUGAUUGCCUGAAAUGUUCGUUGAAACGUGAAUGGGGGCCUUGUCGGUGGCGCACUGGUCAGAACAAACGCCUUUCACUUCUGAGAUCGUGGAUUCAAUUCUCGUUUCGGACUCAAGACAUGUGAAAAGAGUCAACGCUCUACCGAAAGGCUCACCCCCUUACCCCAUUCUCGUACCCAGAGCCCUUCUUACGCGCGGUCAACGGAGCGCGACGAGGGGCUCUGGCAAAAUCCAUAUCAAACUGGCAUCUGAUUGGCCACAACGAAGGUUAUUGUUCUAAUCACGGAUAUAUUCUAUUAUCAUGUUUUUAUGGUAUCCGGUUAUGGAUUUGGCCAGAGCUCCUCGUCGCACCGCGCGUAAGGGCUCUGGGUACGAGAAUGCCCCUUACCCCAACCCUGUCCAAUAAUUCCCACUGGCGAAUGUCGCCCCAGACCCCUGCUCUAGUUUGCUCGGGGGCGCUAUUUACGCGCGCCCUCGUUCAUCAGUCCCCCUCAGAAUUUUCGUGUUACAGAGCGGAAACAUUCACACAUCAGGUAUUUAUGACAUAGACAUGUCGUACAAAGUUCAACUUAGGUUACAUACAUGGCAACCUUGGGUGACCGAUUAAUUUAAUUCACUUAACGUCCUAUUCAACGAUUUAUAUGUUUGAACACAUAUACCACAUAUACCGACAACAACGCUGUGAAGGUCACAAACACAUGUUCGUGUGUAUCAAAAUAUGUUUAAAUCAAUUUUACAAAAACUUUUACUAAAACCAACAGCUGAUAUCACGAGGAACAAUACAACUCCUUUAAAGUCUAAAGACUAAACACACAGACUACUGGUGUGUGAAGACAUUUUAUGAAUAAAAUACCAGCAUGUCUUUGUUUAGAAUUUAACUAGCAUCACUUGAAAAAAUGCAAAUUCUUUUCAAAACAACGUCACUCAGAAUAAUAUAUUCAUGUUCAUUGAUAGCACACGUGUAAUGCAAGCAGCUUAGAUAAAACAACAAAAAUCGAGUUUAUUAUGCAAACUGUAUACUGUAUGUGCAUAUGUAGUAAAUGACCAUGUGCCCCAGCUGAGCGACCAUAUCAAAUGACAAACAAAUAGCGUGUUGAAAAAGUUGUUCAACUUUCGGUUCAGGGUACAAACUCCAAAACAUUAGUCUGCCACAAACACACCGAGGGAGGAAAGCAGCUAGGUUUAUAAGUUGGCGCGUGUGAUGAAACAAAGUUUCUUUGCAUAUUGAAUUGAAUUGAAAGGUAAUUUCAUUAUAUAUUAUUGAUGCCAUGGUUAUACUAUUACUUCAUUAUGUUUAAAACACAAUGAGUGAAAAAAUAUUCGAGUUGAUACGCACGAGUAGGAUUAUUUUGAUACAGUUACUUGUCCAUAUCAAACAGUUUCAAUCUGUUUGAUAUACAUGACUAAAACUAAGUUAUGAAAUUUAGUAUCACGUACUAUCGUACAUAUUUUGAACCGAAACAAGGCGGGUUAGCUUAAGUCAAGUUAACUGUUGCGGUUCUCCAGUAAUAUUAGAAUAAAAGUCAGGCGAGUGUACUCUUUAAUUAAUCAACAUGUAAAGCGCGCAUCCUAGACGCUAGUGACACUUUUAAAUUUCCCAAGGCCACAAAAAUGUAAUAGCUUAAUUAACAACUUUUAAUUUUUAGCGAAGUAUUUUCAAUAGUUAUAUCAAACCUGUUAUUGUCUUACCAUAUAAAUCUUUACCGUGUCUAUAACGCUAACCCCAAUGCCAAACAUUUAAAAUAGACAAAGGGUUAAAGUUCGGGGUUACGUCAGCGACGAAAUUUACGUGAUGAAACGAUGUUUACCUUCUUUCAAGAAUUGACAUCUAAUCAACCAUGGCAUUAAAUGUGCUCGGUCUUGUCGGGAUUAUUAUUUUCUACCUUCUCAUUCUUGGAAUUGGAGUCUGGGCUGCAUGGAAAAAGAAGGGGAACAAAUCAGAGAAUGGUCUGAGCAAUGGAGAGGAGGCGACAGAACGAGAUGAAACAGAAGAGGUUAUUUUAGCUGGACGAAGUUUGGGUCUGUUUGUUGGUGCAAUGACCAUGACAGGUUCGUAUGGUGGAUGUGGAUGCUGUAUGGUGUGAUGAGGAAGGGAGAGGAUAAGGUGUGGUCAUUGAUCAGUGGGAGUGGUAUGGUAUGAGGAGGGUACGGUGUGGUAUGUGUAUAGUGGGUCGGGGAGAGGUAGGGUUUGGUGGAGUGGUGAAUGGUGUGGUAUGGUGAAUGGUGUGGUAUGGUGAAUGCAUAGUGUGGCAUGGUGUCAUGUGGUGGGUGUAUGGUGUGACAUAGUGCGGUGGGUGUAUAGUGAGGUAGGGUGUGUGUUGUGGGGGAGGGGUAUAGGGUGUGGUGGGGUUUAGAAUGUGGUGGGUUAAGAAAUGAAAACUGAGUUAUACUGUGGUAUGGUAUGGUAUGGUAUGGUAUGGUAUGGUAGAAUAUCAGUAUAUGUGUGGUUAUUUGUAAUUUCUAUAUAUUUUCUAUGCUUCAGCUACUUGGGUUGGAGGUGGCUACAUAAACGGAACAAGUGAAUAUACAUCCACAGUUGGUUUAAUCUGGGUCCAAGCUCCUUGGGGAUACGCACUUAGUUUAACUGUUGGUAAGCUGCUUCAACUCUUGUCUCAUUCAAGCAAAAAUGAAAGAUGAGGAUUUUAGUAUUAAGAUUUAGGGGCGGUAAUCCCGCCCCACGAGAUGGGGGGUCCCACGAGAUGUGGGGCGGGAUAAUUUUGAUGAAUUGAAAAAAGUCACGGUUCAUGAUUCAGCAAAAUUACAUUAUUUUCCUAGUGAUAGAUUAUAGUAUAAUUGGAAACGAAAGGUUGUCCAUGCAGCAAUAAUAAUCUUCUUGAACUACGAGAUUUUCUCGACCACAUUUGCGUUCUUUUAACCGGCGUUUGAACAUCAAAAUCAUCCCGUCUUCCACCUCAUCCAAACAGAGAUUACAUUUAGUAUAAACAGCGCCUAAAAACAGGGCCCACCGCAAUCGUUGGCCUAAGCCAAGCCUUGUGGAAAUGUAAACGCCGUUAUUUUUGGGGGGCAUUUCAGCCGAAGUCUGCGAGAUAAGUCCACAUAACAGCGACUUUUUAUAACUGUUUGGACGAAUGAUGGUAAAUUUGCUUUGUAAAUGGUUAGUUUAUUUUGAAAAAUUGCUUUUCACAUUGUUUUAAUUGUCUGCAUUGGUUAACGAGAAUUAGAUGCCACCCAAAAAUGGCGGAUAUUCGUCAUCGUGAGAAAGGCUAAUUGCGUUAGCCUGGCAAUGGUCCGGGCCAGGAUAAAUUGUUGCGAUGAAAAAAAGACUUUAUAUUCUUUCCAGGUGGUUUACUGUUUGCGGAGAAAAUGCGUUCUAGGAAAUAUGUGACGAUGUUAGAUCCUUUCCAAGAAAAAUACGGAUCACGUGUGGGAGGAUUAAUGUACAUCCCAGCUCUACUUGGAGAAAUAUUUUGGUCAGGCGCUAUUCUCUCUGCUCUGGGGGCCUCUAUCAGUGUUGUAGUGAAUGUUAUCGACAACACAACGGCAAUCACGGUAUCUGCAGCAAUUGCUGUACUCUACACAUUUGUUGGAGGGCUUUACUCUGUUGCGUACACAGACGUUGUACAGUUGAUAUGUAUUUUCGUUGGCCUGGUAAGCGAAAGCAAUUUGUUCCAUUCUUUUCCUACUCAUCUUCCAUCAUUCACUCACGUCAACCACCAGGGGUGGAAAAAAUAGGCGAGCACGCUCGCGGAAAUGUUAAACAGUCGCAAGAAAUUCGAAGAUUUGCUAUUGAAAAUUUGAAGGAAACCUUAACACCCAUGUUCCACUGUGGGCGCAACAACGUAUGAUUGACAGACAUUAUUCCUUGAAUUUAAAACCAUGGUCAGCUAGAACACUAUAUGUUUAUGUACAUGCACAUUUAGCACAAAAAGACUCCAUUGGUCUGCAGGAAAUUUUUGUCUCCAGUUUUUGCUCCCAGGAAGAAAAUUAUAUUUUCCCGCCCUGACAACCACUCCUAUAACUUUUUUCCUGUGUUGGUGUAAUGUACUCAGGUGAAUAUGUCAUGCUUGUGAUGUUACUCUAGGUGUAUAUCCACACCGGCCUAGCUUGAAAAAUAUGCCUGUCCACGGUGGGAAUCGAACCUACGACCUUUGGAAUACUAGCCCAAUGCUCUGCUAACUGAGCUACGCGGUCAGGUCGGUUCGAGUAUGUGAUAUUUAUCAUAUUUCGGAACUGAGUCUAGUUCUUUCGAUAUCAAUGCAAUCUAGUUAUUGUGAUUUUUGAAAAAAAAAUCAUUGAAAAUCAUUGAAAAAAAUCAUGAUUACUAGAUUGCAUUGAUAUCGAAGGAACUAGACUCAGUUCUGAAAUAUCACAUACUCGAACCGUCCUGACCGCGUAGCUCAGUUGGCAGAGCAUUGGGCUAGUAUUCCAAAGGUCGUAGGUUCGAUUCCCACCGUGGCCAGGCAUAUUUUUCAAGCUAGGCCGGUGUGGAUAUACACUCAGAGUAACAUCGCAAGCAUCACUCCUACAACGUAUCAUAUCCGUUAUUCUCUAGUGGUUGACCAUCCCCUUUGCACUCACUCAUUCAGCAGUCAGCAGUAUAACCACGAGCAAGAAAACUUGGAUUGGUGAAUGGGAUUCGAAGUUUACUGGUGUUUGGCUGGACUCUGCGUUAUUACUGGUAAGUUUACUAUAAAGUUCAGAGAAAGACUUGUGUGAUCAAUCAUCAUCAUGAGUUUAAUGGGGCUCCCAGUUUAAUUUUCGACCCACCACAUGCUUUUGCCAGGGACCGACUAGUGAAACUGCAGAGAGAAAGAGUUUCAGCCUGUAACUGACCAAUUUGAAAACUAGCUGCCACAAAUUUUCGCAUGGGCGGAUUUACUGGGGGGACCCCUCCCCUUAGAAUCUCUCUAAUCCCUCUUAUAAAGUGUUCAACCCCACCAAAAUUUUGCUUCACUCCUCCUAUUUUGUGUGAAAAUCUUUAACCUUGUUGCCUAACCCCUGUCAAAGCUCGCUCAGUAGUGCCGUUUGCACCCCACCAGAAAUUUUUCUACCCCUCCCCUAAAAAAAUGAAAAUCCACCCUUGAUUAUGUAUGCGACGCAGGCUAAUAAACAAUUUUUCAACACAAACUGUUGUUUCAAGGAAAAGUGUAAAAAAAGGACGAAAACAAGGCUUGUCACUCUUCUUUGCUAAAUCUACCACAAACUCAUACCUCAGUUGAAAUUAAUUUCUGAAGAAAAAAGAAUGACAACUAUUUUUCAAAUCGGUCUACAAUUACAAUACUUAACCAAUAUGGACUACAAAUCAGUGGAUGCCAUCAAUGAACCUCAAUUUAGCUUACAGUUUGGUUUUAUAAAUGAAUAUAUCUUUUAGAUAUUUGGUGGCAUACCUUGGCAAGUAUACUUCCAAAGAGUACUAGCUUGCAAAACUUCCAAACAAGCCAAAUAUCUGUCAUUCUCGGCUUCAUUUGGUUGUAUUGUGAUGGCGAUUCCCGCUUUUCUGAUUGGAGCCAUUGCAACUGCUACAGGUAGUGAAAAGAUCAUGUUAUUCGAAUAAUAUGUCUUUUAAGAACUGUUGGCAAACCAGGAAACAUUGUUUCCCAGCCACGUUUCCUGAAAGUGGACAAACCAGGAAACAUUGUUUCCUAGUCAUGUUUCCCGAAGGUGGACAAACCAGGAAACAUUGUUUCCUAGCCAUGUUUCCCAAAGGUGGACAAACCAGGAAACAUUGUUUCCUAACCAUGUUUCCCAAAGGUGGACAAAUCAGGAAACAUCGUUUCCUAACCAUGUUUCCCAAAGGUGGGCAAACCAGGAAACUUUGUUUCCUACUUCAGUAGUCACGUUUCCCGAAGGUGGGCAAACCAGGAAACAUCGUUUCCUAUAGCCACGUUUCACGAAGGUGGACAAACCAGGAAACAUUGUUUCCUAGCCAUGUUUCCCAAAGGUGGACAAACAAGGAAACAUUGUUUCCUAGCCAUGUUUCCUGAAGAUGGACAAACCAGGAAACAUUGUUUCCUAGCCAUGGUUCCCAAAGGUAGUAGAAAAACCAGGAAACACUGUUUCCUAGCCAUGUUUCCCAAAGGUAGUAGAAAAAUCAGAAAGCACUGUUUCCUAGCUAUGUUUCCUGAAAGUGAGCAAGCCAGGUCCCAUGCAAUGAUAUCCAUAAUUUAUAUUUUCAGAUUGGUCAGCUACAGACUACGACAAACAUACGAACGGCACACUUGGGGCAGAAGAUAACAGCCGUGUGCUACCCUUGGUGUUGCAAUAUUUAACUCCGUCAGCUGUUGCAUUCAUUGGCCUCGGAGCUGUCUCAGCUGCUGUGAUGUCUAGUGCCGAUUCUUCUAUCUUGUCUGCUAGCUCAAUGUUUGCUAGAAAUGUUUAUAAACUUAUCCUUAGACCCAAGGUGAGAGAAUACGGACCAAAAAAUAUUUUAGUCCAGGGGGC